AUGUCACAAGCGGCUAACCCUGUCCGCAUCGUUGUCACCGGCGGGUAUGGUUUCUAUGGAAGACAUCUCUUACCAGCGUUGAAGGAGCAACUCCCGAAUUGCCUGAUAUUCGUCUUGGAUAUCAUCCCCCCGACCGCAGUGGGUCCCGAACUAACUUCACAUGUCACACAAAGCUUUACCGUCGAUAUAACAUCGGCGGACGAAGUGAGGCAAGCUGUGAGCUGGAUCAACCCGGAUGCUAUCGUGCACACAGCUGGGAUCAAUCCACCAUUGAGCGAAAGAUAUCAUCGCAGGAUCGAGAAGCAAGUCAAGUCUGUCAAUGUUGGAGGAACCAAGAACUUGCUCAAUGCAGCUGUCGAAAGUGGCUGCAAAGCCUUCAUUUACACUAGCUCUUGCUGUGUGGUCACGGACAAUCUGCGUGGGUAUUUUGCGAACAUUGACGAGCGCUGGAUAUCUUCCAGCAAGUUGUUGGUCUACGGAGAGUCAAAGUCGGAAGCGGAGCAGGCAGUGUUGACGGCUGAUAGCGAGGAGAUGGCCACAUGUGUGUUGAGACCGUCCGUUACUUGUGGGGAAGGAGAUUAUAUACUGAUUCCAUCGGUCCACGCCUGCAUCGCAAAAGGAGAAACACCAUUCCGUCUUGGAGACGGCAUGAAUUUGUGGGAUGUGGUCUAUGUGGGCAAUGUUGCCUAUGCGCAUGCACUGGCGGUCCAAAACCUGCUUUCGACGAGGUCUGCACACGGUGAAGCUAUGGUAAGCCCGUGA